AUGCAUAUUUCAGCUACUUCAAUUAAUCCUACAGAAGUUCAAGGUUACUUGGCUGGUAUUGAGCCACUAAAUGGCACUAACUAUCUCAAAUGGAGGUCGCAUAUGGAUAUAGUUCUUGGUUACUUGGAGUAUGAUAUUACUUUCAGAGAACCAAUGCCUCAAAAGCCUGUAGAUAGUUUUAAUAGAAGUGAAAAACAGAGUUUCUACAAGUGGGAAAAGGCAAAUAUAAUGAGUGUUAUGAUCAUUCGAGAUGCAAUUCCAGAUGCAAUUAGAGGUGGAAUUACGAUGAAAAACACGGCCAAAGAGCAGUUGGAUGUUAUUAAGUCACAAUUUAUGAGUUCGGCAAAGUCUAUGGUUGGUGCUCAUAUGAGUCAGCUGAAAUCAAUAUUGUAUAGUGGAUAUGGCAGUGUUCGAGAUCACAUACUACAAAUGGCAGAUCUAAUAUACAAGUUACGAGGUCUGGAUAUGAACCUAAAUGAUGAUUAUCUAGUGCAACUCGCAAUAAAUUCACUUCCAGAAAAGUUUGAGACUUUCAAGAUCAACUAUAAUAUUUGUGAAAGAAAAUGGGAUGUAAACGAGUUAAUCGCUCAUUGUGUGCAAGAAGAGGAAAUGAAGCGACGUGAAACUAAAGAAUACACACACUUUGCAUCAGCUGGUUCUAGUAAGCAAAGUUUCAACAAAUUAGGAAAGAAUAAGAAACCUCAGGAACAGAAAAAAGAAACACCAAAUGAUGAGUCUGAAGUUAAUAAGGGGUAA